AGGGGCUUUCCCCACAGAGAAGACUGAAGCUGAAUGUAUAUGCACAUACAUUUGAAGGGGUUGACCACAGUUAUACCACCACUGUGUGCCCUCUAGGCUCAUGAGGUAAAGGAACUAGCUACAGUACCAGAGAUACUGGAUAGAUGGCCACUAGAGACAGAUCAUCUCGGAACAGAUCCAGAGACGGAGGGCCAAGUGAUUCCCACGACCGCAAGAGACCACACCCACCAUCCUCCCCUGAGAGACGCAAGUUCCAUCGGCACCACUCCCCCACGAGAAAGUACUCUCGUAGGUCCGGUCACUCCCGUGGCCAUGAGGGCGACCAAUCAGAUCGCAGACGCAGGACGUUAACUCCGCCCACUUUGCUGUCAGUGGAUGAGGUUGUUCCAAGUUUUGGGUCGGCCUCAUAUACUGGUAGUCAUGGCAACUCGGACAACUGGAAGAUGGGAGAUCUUGUUAUAUGUUCGCUGAAUGAAUUGUACUACACCCAAAAGACUGUGGAAGGAGUUAGUAUCCUUGGCCCCACCCACCAGCUAGACGAGCUCCACAAGACGUUCCGAAUGUCCCUCCUCACGCCCUCACACCCUCACACCACCCCCACACCCACCAUUGAAGCAACCUCUAAUGAUAACCCCACCAUUACUGAAGCUGAGGUACACCAAGAGAAAGACUGUGAUGGAGCCAGUCUUCUUACAGAGGAGAGUGAGGUACACCAAGAGAAGGACUGUGAUGGAGCCGGUCUUCCCACAGAGGAGAGAAUAGUGGAUCCCAAUAUACCAUACAAUACAGUUAAUGAGACCCCCUCAGUGCCUGUGUGUCCCAUCUCCACUGGACCAUGGUACACCUAUUCCAUGAGUGUAUCACCUGACACUAACUUCAAGACUGGACUGACCACCAUCACAUCUGAUACUGGACGGCUGUAUAAGUUCCGAGGAUUCCUGCUGCUCACCCACACACCACUGCCCUCAGGCCUACCAGUGUGUCGGUUCCAACGCUACUCUGGUAUUCACCAGCUGGAGCUCUCCCCCCUCACAACACAAAUCGUGUUCACAAUGGAGGACGUGUUGUUGUUCAACGAGUACUUGUUAAUGAGGCUACUGGAACUGUACGACCUGGUCAGAGAGCUGAGGCCAUUGUUGGGUGAGGGAGGAUUUCUGCCUCUCUUUAUCAGUGACUCUGGAGUCUCUCAGGAGGUGCUCUCAAUGGCGGAGGUGUUGAAGUUUCUCCUGGAUUCGUAUCAACCCCUUAGUGUUAAAGGUCAAAGUUUGAAAGGUCAACUGAUUACUGACUUUAACAGGAGGCCACAUUGUUUCCGUGCCGACGAUACUCAUCACAUCAAAUCAGGCGAGGGGAAAUUCAAGGUUGGUCACCAGUGUCGUCAAUGCUCCAGAACCAAGGGCCACAAACACCAGAGUGUUAAGAAGAUCAAGACGCAGUACUACCAUCUACUGAGCAAGAAGAACAGAGGGAGGUUGACUAGAACUGAGCACUUUAACUUUGUUGAGCUUCGACAACAAAUGGAGAGCCAUGAAGCAGAUACUGGGGGAACGAGGGGACAGCAGGAGGUGCUCUGGUUGCCUAGCGAUGGGUUCAACAGCACAGGACUGUACACGGACAUCGUACAACACGUGCUCCUCCUCUCCACACUGGGUCAUCACCUCGUGUUUCAUCGCUCCCUGGCCACUCUCCAGAAAUCCCUCGGCUACACAUUCACAGACCACACCCUCCUCCACCGUGCCCUUACACACCCGUCCACCACCACCCUAACUCAUCAGCCAGCGGAGGAUAAUAUUAAAACUGUCUUAUCUAAUUGUGGGCUACUUCAACCCGUGUACGUGGGCGGAGCAGGUCCCACUGUGGCCAAGGGGUUAAAAGGACUCAUGAAUUCGUUAGAAGGUGGAGAUAAAGGGGUGUGGCUUGAGCAUUACGAGCAGUUGGAGUUCCUAGGAGAUGCAGUACUCGAGUAUAUCACAAGUAUGAGAUUGUACCACAUGGCUCCACCCUACUCAGUCGGUCAGCUAAACCACGAGAGACAACUGUUGAUUAAGAAUACUCGGCUCUGGCAGUUGGCCUCGAGGCUAGGUCUAACAGACUAUAUGCUCGUCAACAGGAAGGUGGAGGGUUGCCAGGAGCAUGCUGGGGCUAACUGCCUGGAGGCAUUACUAGGAGCAGUCUACCUUGAUAGUGGAGAUGUGGAACAAGUGGACCAACUGUUUGCAAGACUAGCAUUCCCUGAGCAGGAGGGUUUUGAGCGAUGGACAAAGCAGAGCAAGCAUCCACUAAAGGAGGAACAUCCCGACGGAGACAGACAUCUUGUCCAGCAAAGUGAAGAGCUGCAGAGUAUUGUGGGGUUGGAGGAGAAGCUGAGGUUAGAGUUCACUCACGUCCGACUCCUGGCCCGAGCAUUCACUCAUUCCUCUCAUCCAGACAAUGACAUCAUCAGGGGUAACUACCAGAGGCUGGAGUUCCUUGGUGAUGCCAUUCUUCAGUUCCUCGUAUCCAAGCACGUCUACCAUCACUUCCCUAGUCACCACGAAGGCCACCUCACUACAUUGCGAAUUGCUCUGGUUCAUAACAAGCAUCUGGCAAGUCUGUGCAAAGAUCUUGGCUUUGAUCAAUACAUCAUCACUAGCAAGACAGAGAAACUUGACCUGAGUGUGAAGCUACAGGCGGACGUGGUGGAGUCAUUCCUGGCUGCCCUCACGUUAGACAAGGGACUGUCUGAAACUGAGAAAUUCUUGGAGGAAUAUUUAUUUCCGAAACUACUGGAGACUGUGCGUGGCUCUCAAAUGGUGGAUGCUAACACUAGACUGCACCAGGCGACCACCUACACAUGCAAGCAACAGGGAGUAUCGUUAGAGCUGCCUAUAUACAAAGUUUUGGCUCCUGGUGGAACUGCUUCAAAUCCUGAAUUCACUGUUUCCGUGUUUUUUGAGAAGAAGAAGAUUGGUACCGGGACUGCGGGGAGUAUCAGAGAGGCUAGGAGAAGAGCUGCUGAGGAAGGUCUCAGAAGCAGUUUCGUGAGGAUUCCUCCAUCUCUCAAAGUACUCAUGGAAGAUUCCCACAAAACAGAACAAUGAGCUAGCAAUUUACCACAGCACUGCCAAGAAUUUACUUUGGCUUCACUAAUAACGUGUGGGUUGGGGUUUUGUUUGCACUUACAAUUUAAUAUUA